UCCUGAAAAAGAGAAAAGUGCACUGAGAAACCCUGGUCUGCAGGCGCAGGGCUGCACUCUGGGCCAGGAAGUGCACUAACCACAGCAUCUCUAUGCUGCUGGCCUGGUGACACCGCCCACCUUUCAGUUCACCUCAACCUCCACUGGCAACACCUGGUUUUUCCAGUUUGGAACUUGCUAGAGUUAAAAAAAAAAACUGUCAACUAACCUGAAGUCUUAAUAGAAGCAGUUGAUGUGGGCGACCCCUACAGAAAACCUCAAGACUUUACUGAUGAGAACUCUGCAAAUUCUCUACCAUAAAGAGUUUUAACAACUAAGCUAAGACAUUAAAAAGGAAAAUACCAGAUGCCACCCUGCAGUUGAACUGACUACCACUUACUGGAUACAUUUAAAUCCUCCAAGCAACAGAGUAACCAGGUAUCAAAGAGGGAACGCGGCAUGGACAACCUCACCUCUCCUCCGGGGAAUGGCAGCCUGUGCACCAGAGACUACCACAUCACCCAGGUCCUCUUCCCGCUCCUCUACACUGUCCUGUUUCUCACUGGACUUGUCACAAAUAGCCUGGCAAUGAGGAUUUUCUUUCAAAUCCAUAGUAAAUCCAACUUUAUUAUUUUUCUUAAGAACACAGUCAUUUCCGACCUUCUCAUGAUUCUGACUUUUCCAUUCAAAAUCCUCAGUGAUGCCAAACUGGGAACAGGACCACUGAGAACAUUCGUGUGCCAAGUAACCUCCGUCAUAUUCUACUUCACAAUGUAUAUCAGCAUUUCCUUCCUAGGGCUGAUAACUAUCGACCGCUACCAGAAGACCACCAGGCCAUUUAAAACAUCCAGCCCCAGCAAUCUCCUGGGGGCUAAGAUUCUUUCUGUUGUCAUCUGGGCCUUCAUGUUCUUACUCUCUUUGCCUAACAUGAUCCUAACAAACAGGAGGCCGAAAGACAAGAAUGUGAAGAAAUGCUCUUUCCUCAAAUCAGAGUUUGGUUUGGUCUGGCAUGAAAUAGUCAAUUAUAUCUGUCAAGUCAUUUUCUGGAUUAAUUUUUUAAUUGUCAUUGUAUGUUAUACACUCAUUACAAAAGAACUAUACAGGUCAUAUGUAAGAACAAGGGGUACUGGCAAAGUUCACAAGAAAAAGGUGAACAUCAAAGUUUUCAUUAUCAUUGCUGUAUUUUUUAUUUGCUUUGUUCCCUUCCACUUUGCCCGGAUUCCCUACACCCUGAGCCAGACCCGGGAUGUCUUCAACUGCUCUGCAGAGAAUACUCUGUUCUAUGUGAAGGAGAGCACCCUCUGGUUAACGUCCUUAAAUGCAUGCCUGGACCCAUUCAUCUACUUUUUCCUUUGCAAGUCCUUCAAAAAUUCCUUGAUGAAUAUGCUGAAGUGCACCAAUUCUGCAACAUCUGCUCCCCACGAAAACAGGGGGAAAGGUCAGGAUGGUAGGGACCCAAGCGAAGAGACUCCAAUGUAAACACACUGAGGUAAGAUCUCAAUCUGUUAACCAGAUUGAAAUAUUAGUGUUUGGAACUCCUAAAAGAAAACACUAUGUAAAAAUAUUAAUACUAAGAAGCAGCUGAGUAACAAUGACUCUUGAAACAACAAAGACUACAAAAGUAAUUUUAAUUUACUGUUCAGGUAUUAAAAGCUAUCGUAAAAUGUAGAAAACUAAAUUAACAUGUAGCUGUGGAGCAAAACAAACAAAAUCACCAUAUGACAUGCAAAACUACACAUAAUUCAAGAAUUCUAUAGUUUUGGCAAAAUAGGUAACAAUAAUGAUACUAUAAUUCUUUAAAUUCAUUAUUAAUCACAAUAUUAGUACACUUACUAUAUAAUCAAUUGAAGAAUGAUAAAUCUGAUAAGAUCUUCUGACCAAAAAUUAUACUUAUCUAUAAUAAUAAAAACAUAAUAUGCUAAUUAGACUGGGCACCAGAAUGACCUCCCGGACGUCAUUCUGGACAUCCUUCCAGAUGACCUUCUGGAAGAAGCCGGGGCUGCGAGGGCCGAGCCCCUUGCACAGAUUUCAUGCAUUGGACCUUUAGUUAGAUGUAUAUUCAAUCCUAGUCUCCUAACCAAAUGCUGACCUAUUGUGAUAAUCAUUAUAAAAAUUCAAGUAAGUGGGGCAGACAAAAAAUACUAACUACUAACUUAUAAUUAUCAGCAAAGACCUAAGAGACUUAUACUAAUUGAAAUGGAAAUAGAUUGGACUGAAUUUUUUUAAUGUUCAUUAAGAUAGAAGAUUAAAAACUACUUUUCCAAUAAAAAGUAUAGAAAUAGCAAAUGAAGUCAUUAAAUAAGGAGGCUUUAUAUAAGACAUUCUAAUAUACACAUACACACAUACAAAACAACAAAAAAACACAUAACAUUCCCUUCACACUAGAGAAAUCAGUUUUACUAAUAUUUUGACAACAUUAGUAAAUACAAUAGCAUCAUAACUUAUUAACUAGCUACUAGAGACUACACACAAGCUAAUAAACAUUUCUCAUAGCAAGAAAAGCAAAUGUAAUUAAGCAUUUGUAUAGCAUAAUUAUCAACAGGAAAGUGAUUAAAAUGGUUGGAUUUAUGCCCUUGCUGGUUUGUGCAGUGUUUUGGGCACUGGCCCUCAGACUGAAGAGUCCCAGGUUCGAUAUUUCUCUCUCUGCCUCUCCCCCUCCUUCCCACUCAGUCUAAAAAUCAAUGGGAUAAUGUCCUCAGGGGAGGAUUAAUAACAACAUCAAAAUGUUUGGAUUUAUCUGUUUGUUAUUUGUGUGUAUAACAAAAAAUUUACAUUAAACUCUAAAUCAUACUUUGUUAAA